CACACACCGCUUAUCGACAGCCGAUACGAAAACAUCGAUAUAAUUUACGUUAUCACUAAAAUUGCGUCAGUUAUGUACGUACUUGCGACCUCGAGUUAGAAUUUAAAUUUCGAACAGGCUUAUCAGUCUCAUUAAAGGAGAGUUGCAGGUGAUUCCUGGUAUAAAUAUUAUUGUUUGUUUACUCGGUUAUUGUGUAGGCUGUGAUUAUGGUGCGCUAACCGUAGUGUUGUUUCCGUGGGUGUUUUAAUUCAUAAAUUAUCAUCGCUAUUUGCCCAAGAUGGAUCGGACAAUGUACGGCAAGGUGCUGCCAGGCACUUAUUACCCGUUUCGCUGCGCGAUGAAGGAGAACGGAAUAUCGCCGGGCUAUGCCCUGCUAGCUGACCUCCAGAAUUCCAUAAACCCUGGCAGGGUUAGUAGUCCCGGUGGUAGAACAGGAUCACCGGGCGGCCGAACCAACUCCCCUGGCAGAACCGGCUCACCACUCGGCCGUGGUAGCUCUCCGGGCCGGUUGAGUUCUCCUGGGGGUAGCCUCAGCUCACCAACUUCGACCGGUUACGGCUCAAUCAAUGGCUCAAGAAAUAUUAGUUCGGACUACGCUAAACCUGCUUCUCCUACCUACCAAAACACAGCUACAGUUCACGAGAAGCUUGCUCCGGCCAAAUACAGCACAAACUACAUUCAAGCCCCUGGUUACAGUAGUCAUUCCCCUGGGUACAAUAAUCAGUCCCCUGGACUUACGAGUCAGUCACCUGGCUACGGCAGGACGACGGGCCGUGCCAAUUUUUCGGAACUAGAUACUCUGUUGGAUGACUUGAGCAACGCCAGAUAUGGAAAUUAUGCAGAAAAGACCGCGUUUACGGAAAGAAAUGAUGUAUAUUCCCGUACGAAUGGUGCUACCAGUCCAGCGUCGACGAGACCCACCGUAGACUCAUUAUUGGAUCAACUCAGUACCGACGUGCCCAAUGGUCGGGCAUCAGUAUCUCCAGUCCCGCCGUCAACUUCUGGCACAUUACCGCGGCCAGGAACCAAGCAGGUUACGGUGACCGUCCAGGAAACGGUGGUAGAGCCGGCGCAACCUCCGCAACCGCAACCGCAGCCAUCUGUGGCCGCUGUGACGACUGUUCGUCACCAUCACGCAUCCAGUGCUACUAAAGAGCUUGACGACCUCAUGGCAUCUCUCUCAGACUUCAAGGUAAGCGGCGCUGGUGCAGCUCCAGGGGGAGAAAGCGGUACCCACGUUUACCGAGAAAAGCGUGCUUGGCAAGAACAAUACCGCAGCAACCCGCGGCAACCCGAAUCCGCAUCUUUAGAGCAUAUGCUCGGAUCCCUCCGAGCAGAUAUGAGCCGUCAAGGAGUACAAACCCCCCAGAAGGGAUGCUGCAACGCCUGCGAGAAGCCCAUCGUCGGACAGGUAAUCACAGCGCUGGGCCGCACGUGGCAUCCUGAACAUUUCACAUGCGCUCACUGCAAUCAAGAAUUGGGCACGAGGAACUUCUUCGAGCGCGACAGCAGACCGUACUGCGAGCCCGACUAUCAUAACCUCUUCUCGCCGCGAUGCGCCUAUUGCAACGGACCCAUACUCGACAAAUGCGUAACAGCUCUCGAGAAGACCUGGCACACGGAACACUUCUUCUGUGCCCAGUGUGGCCAACAGUUCGGCGAGGAGGGUUUCCAUGAAAGGGAUGGCAAGCCAUACUGUCGGGCUGACUACUUUGAUAUGUUUGCGCCCAAGUGUGGCGGUUGCAACAAACCUAUCAUGGAAAACUACAUUUCCGCCCUCAACACUCAAUGGCACCCAGAUUGCUUCGUCUGCAAGGAAUGCCGUGAACCCUUCCACGGGGGAUCUUUCUUUGAGCACGAAGGGCAGCCCUACUGCGAGACCCAUUACCACGGCAAGCGAGGCUCGCUGUGCGCCGGCUGUCACAAACCCAUCGCCGGCCGCUGCAUCACCGCCAUGUUCCGAAAGUUCCACCCCGAACACUUCGUCUGCGCUUUCUGCCUCCGACAACUCAACAAAGGAACCUUCAAGGAGCAAAACGACAAACCAUAUUGUCACGCUUGCUUCGAUAAGCUUUUUGGAUAAACUCGAUAUAUGGGCUGUCCUAUUAUUAUUCUAUUAUAACCUUUUGUUAUCUGUGAACUGUAAUGUCAAACCGCAGAAGAUGUUCAUAUUUCUUUACACAAAAUUAAAAACGCGUAGAAUUAAAUAAUUGACUAACGUUGCUUUCUACGUAUUAUUUUUAGAGAAAUGUAUAGUUUAUAAUCUAUUCAAGCUUUAGUAAUAACAAAACAAUGCUAUAAAAUAAAAAAAAAACCACGGCGCAGUCAAGAUAGUAACCUAUUUUAUAUUUUUAAUAAGUGACACAGAUUAAAAACUUUAUUUAAAAAGAGUAUUGUAUUGUAUCGUAAAAUAUAUGACAAACAUUUCUUCUAAAGAAACAAAUCGCGUAAAAAAAUUGCCGUAGAUAAAAUUAAAUUAUAUUUAAAAUUCGAUUCUACAUUAGAUUUGAUCAAAAAUUCAAAUUACAAACUUGCUCACUUAUAAGAAAUUCUAUUAUGUAUAUAAAUCAAUUAAUAAAUCUUUGGGAGUGCUUAGACGGUGUCGUAAUUAGAUGACACGAGUCAAGGUAUUAUAAAUAAAAAAAAAAAGAUAUUUAAACGAUGUACGGCCCUACUCAUAAACGUUGCUUAGAGGCUGUUUACUGAAACACUAUUUUAGCUCUUUCUAUUGUUAUUAAUGUGUCAUUCGAAAGAAGAAGACAGCAUUAUUUAACUUAUCACCCGCUAGAAAACGUUUAUAGUUAAGGCCGUAAGUCUUUAUGUAAAGAUUCUGUAGAUUUAGUUAUUAACAUGUGAUGAAAUAAAAAAUGGUGUUCGAAAAUUAUGGUACUACUUUAAAUUUAAUCUCUUUUAAUGUAUUCUCGGUCUAAACAAGUCAUAGACGUUGAUAUAUAGAAAAAUCUGACGAUCUAUAAAUUUUUAAAUUCGAUAUAUAAAUUAAAAAUGCCAUGUUCAUAUAUUUAUAAUUAAAAAAAAUACACGCCAGCUUUUAUAAAAAAAAUAUAAGUUGGUACAAGUAUAUAAAAUGCUGGUUUGUAAUAUACAGUCUAUUAUAAUUCUUACUCAAUACUUUUUUAAGUUCUUAUCUUCCAUUAGAUUAAAGCUGUACAGUUUAAUGCUAUUGUUUAAAAGGUACACUAUUACCGUAAUUAUUUAAAUGAUGACAUUGCACAGUAUCUGCAUAACCUUGUAACCAAUCAACAAUGUUUUUUACGCGACAGAUUGAUUUCGCUAGCCAGUCAGCUUUGAGUUACGUUGCCGAAAUUUAUUUUUGUAUGUACCAGUUAAUUAAUGAAUGUCACGUCUGACAUCUAUAACUAAAAUUAAGAACAACAUUUUUAAUCUUAAUAUAAAUAAUAAUAAAAGCUCCAAAUACAACUUCCAGUGAAUAAUUCUGCGCUAUAGCGACUUUUUUUUAAGGUUUGGAGUACUGUGCAUUGUCUACUUUAAUACGAGUUUUAUUUUUAUUUAAAACUUGUACUACUAUGUUAUCGCUUUUAGAUUGAUAGGAUUGAGUGCCAAACUUCAUUAGGCAGUCCAUACUCACGGUGAUUAUAUUUACUUCAAAUGUUUUAUUUAAGUUUUUAUUAUCUAUCUAAAAAUAAUAUGGUAUUAAAACUGACAAGAAUAUUGUAAUGUCGAGAAAUAAUUUUAUUUAACCUACAAAUGCUUAUAAGAACUUGUUUUUCUAUAGGUUUUAUUUUUUAUAUAUUUAAUCUUGGUACGUGCAAAAGUAUUAUAUCAUUCAGUCAACUGCAUUAUAAAAUAAUUGACAAAUAUAAAAAAGUAUUAUAUCUGACUACUACUGUAGUAGAAAUAAAAGUCAUAAAUAAAUAAACUAUAUAAAGAUUAAUUAUGGUACGAAAAUUAACAUAUUAAGAUUUUGUUUUGAUUCACCGUGGGUAAACUCCAUUUUCUGAUCGGCUCGAUAACUGUGUGUGUGUGGGUUACAUUAACCACCAGGAGUUUAAAUGUUGGUAAGAUUAUAUAAGAGAUAAGUUUUUAUUGAAUCUGUAAUAUUUUAACAAAUAUAUUUAAUGUUUUUUUGAA